CGCACCGCAGCGCUGCUUCAGACCCGCGACAUGCGGCUGGUUCCUGCUCGGUGAGGAGCUGAGGGGAGACACACCCGAACAGUCCGGCUCGACUAAGAUGAGAGAAACCUGCCGGCCAGCAGCUCAGAGGACCCGACCCGCCUUGGAGGAAAGCUAACGGACGCAUGGCCUGCCAGCCCGCCGCCGCAGUCAUGGACGAGCAGGCGCUGCUGGGGCUCAACCCGAACGCCGACGCCCGCUACCGGCAGAGGGCCAUGGCUUACUUUGAGCAGCUGAAGGAGUCUCAGGAUGCCUGGGAGGUGUGUGCAGAGGCUCUGGCUAAAGGCAUUUACAGUGACGACCACGUCAAGUUCUUCUGCUUCCAAGUUCUGGAGCAUCAGAUCCGGUUCAGACAUGCUGGACUGAGUGCAGUGCAGCAGCAGCUCAUCAGAGAGACCCUGAUGAAGUGGCUCCAGUGUCAGCUGAUGAACGCUCAGCCGGAGAAGCCCUUCAUCAGGAACAAGGCGGCCCAGGUGUUCGCCCUCACCUUCAUCAUGGAGUACCUCACUCUGUGGCCAAAGUUCUUCUUCGACAUCCUGACGCUGGUCGGCCUGAACCCUCACGGAGUCGACGUCUACCUGAGGACGCUGAUGGCCAUCGACGCCGAGGUGGUGGACCGAGACAUCCUGCACACAGCGGAGGUGGUUGUUGUUGUUGUUGUUGUUGUUAUUUCCUCCUACACACAGCAGAGGUCACCAUCAAGAGUUUAUUUUUCUACAUGUCCAGUCACACAUCGAGCAGAAAACAUCGAGCGAGUCGUCUUCACCAUCAUUCAGGGAGCCGUGGACUUCCCGGACCCCAUCGCUCAGAAGACCUGCUUCAUCAUCCUGUCCAAGCUGGUGGAGCUGUGGGGAGGUAAAGACGGGAUGGUGGGCUUCCCCGACUUCAUCUACAAACACAUCGUCCCCGCCUGCUUCCUGGCGCCGCUCAAACCCACCUUCGACCUGUCGGACGCUCAGACGGUUCUGACGCUGUCGGAGUGCGCCCUCACGCUGAAGAUGAUUCAUCUCAAACGGGGUCCAGAGUUCAUCCAGUUCCUGCAGCAGGACUACCUGCCCUCGCUGCAGGUGUCUCCAGAGAUCUCCCAGGAACUGUGUCAGGUUCUGCAGCAGCCCGACGUCAAAGUCCUGAAAAACUACAUUAAGGCGUUUUUCCAGCGAGCGAAGCUCUUUGUGAACCUGCUGCUGAGCCAGAUGUCGGUGGAGGAGCUGCGUGAGGAGGCCUGCGACUGCCUGUUUGAAAUCAUCAACAAGGGCAUGGACCCGGUGGACAAGACCAAGCUGGUGGAGUCCCUGUGCCAGGUGCUGCAGUCUGCCGGCUUCUUCAACGUGGAGCAGGAGGAGGACGUGGACUUCCUGGCCAAGUUCUCGCGGCUGGUGAACGGGAUGGGUCAGAGCCUGGUGCUGAGCUGGACCAAGCUGGCCAAGGCCGGCAGCGUGAAGGAGGCGGCGGAGACGCUGCAGGCGCUGGAGGCCAAAGUUCCCCUGCUGCUGCAGCUGCUGGUCCACGAGGACGACGACAUCUCAGCCAACAUCGUGGGCUUCUGCUACGAGUACCUGCACGUCCUCAAGCAGCUUCCUCAGCUGACCGACCAGCAGAAGGCCAACAUCGAGGCCAUCAUGCUCGCUGUCAUGAAGAAACUGACGUAUGACGACGAGUACAAUUUUGAGAACGAGGGCGAGGACGAGGCCAUGUUUGUGGAAUACAGGAAGCAGCUGAAGAUGCUGCUGGACCGACUCGCUCAGGUUUCUCCAGAGCUGCUGCUGGAAGCCGUCCGCCGGGUCUUCACCAACACCAUGCAGGCGUGGCAGUCGGCUGCCUUCAUGGAGGUGGAGGUGGCCAUCCGGCUGCUCUACAUGCUGGGAGAAGCUCUGCCGGCGUCCCACGGAGCCCACUUCAGCGGGGACUCGGCCAAGACCAGCGCUUUGCAGGACAUGAUGCGGACGCUGGUGUCCUGCGGCGUCAGCAGCUACCAGCACACCUCCGUGUCCCUGGAGUUCUUUGAGACCGUCGUCCGAUACGAUAAGUUCUUCAUCGUGGAGCCGCAGCACAUUCCCAACGUCCUGAUGGCGUUUCUGGACCAGAGAGGACUGAGACACAACAGCCCCAAGGUGCGCAGCCGGGUGGCCUACCUGUUCUCCAGGUUCAUCAAGACGCUGCAGUGAGUCCCGACCCUCUAAACCCAACAGAACCUCCCACCAG